UGUAUAUAUAGCAGGUACGCAGAAAAGAUAUAAAAAUGUAGCUGAUAAAGAAAACGGAUAAAGAACGGCAUUUUGACAGCGAUCAAGUUCUUAUUGGAUCAAUUUCGAUGGAUAUAGGUUAUCGUGGCGCGUCAUAGUGUACACAGUAACGUCGCAUUUAAAUUACUUCGUAGUACUUUGUCAAAGUUCGCACAUCAAAAGAUAGACAAUGCGUGGCUAUCGCGCAGAGCCCAGCUGUAUAUAGAGUACAUGGGGGACCGUUAAGAUGACGUCAUCAGCAUUCAUCCGCUUUUUGUGGCAAACGUUAAAAGACAGCACUUAUGAAUCACGUCCCCAAGCCCUUGUACAAAUAACUCCUUCACCAGCCAAUAACCUCCAAGUGAGCUAAAUCUUUGUUUGCUGACGUAUAAUUAAGCUAGCGCUUGCCCCCGGCUGACAAGUAAACGUCGAACAAUGCGAGUGUCACCUCGUUAUUAGCAAUAGAUGGCAGCCCCGUUUAGUUCUAGCGAUUUUGCGGCUUUGUAAAAGAUAAACCUAUCGAAGCGAUUACCAUUGAAUCCCUACGUUUUUCAUAAGAUUAUAGUGGUCGAGACUGCAUCGCCGCUAUGGAUCGUAAGGUGAAGUUUCCACACGAACUUGUCUUUCAUGAGAUGGUAAAAGAAGGCGACUCGGCGGAAAUGUCGAUGUUUUUGAAGCGUCCAAGCGUCGAUCCGAAAUCCAUCAUAAACGGCACGCAAGGAAAUCAAGGCCCAGCUCUGCAUCAGCUUGUCUUCGAGGGGAAUCUUAAAUGCGUUAGGAUGCUAGUGAACCUCGGGGCUGAUGUGAACAUGCAAAAUGAAGAAGGGUUCACACCUCUCCAUUACUGCGCACUCAGCAACAACUUCGAUAUGGCCAAGUUCUUGAUGAAAAAAAGCGCGAAUCCAGAUAUUGCCGAUUACAAUGGCAAAACACCUGUUGAUUACACCGAAGACUUUGAUUUAAUCGAGUUAUUUCUGAUGUUCUCCCCAGAUGAGCAAAGAAGAAAGAGCAUGUCGCAGCCGACAAUCGAAAUAAAUCACUGUGACUAAAGCCAAGAGAUUUGCAACGUUGGGACGAACGGCGCAUACUCUUGUCUCAGGUGUACCGACUCUCAGACUUCAGAGGAACAAGAAUUUGUACAUAAAUAAUAAUUCCCAAAUGAAAAAAAAACUAAGAAAUUCAGGGAAAAGAGAGGGAUGUAAGCAUGUUUACACAGGUUUCAUAGCACACAACGCGGUGUUGCUUAAGAAAAUUAGCAUAAAGCAGUAAUUUUUAGCUGAAAUAAUGGAUUAGAGCUGCUUCAAUUUAUCAGCAAGAUAUUUAGUUAGAGUGUGUAUUAGUAUUCUUUUUUGGUUUGCAGUGAGCUUUAGCGCGAUUUGCUAAAACUAGGGAGCAUUCCUUUUGUGUGAGUUGGAAAGAAAGUUUUCAUAAAGCUUCUUUUGUAUAUCUUUUACAUUAUCUUUCAUCAGCUUUUCGCUAACUAGGGUUGCGUCAAUUGUAAUAAAUUCAUUAAAGUAUAUUUAUCGCGUGAGCUGAAUUGUAAAUGCAUCUUGAAUCGAUUGAAUAAAGUGUGGUAAUAACUA